AUCUACACACACACACAUACACACAUAUAUACACCUAUGUAUGUAUAUAUAUGUAUAUAUAUGUAUAUAUGUGUGUGUGUUUGAGUAAAAUCGUCAUUUGAAAAGUAUUUCCGCGUUAGUUUUAACUUCAAAAUAAAAUUACAUUAUUUAGUUUUAUUUUUAUUAGUUCUUUAUUUUUAUUUCUUUUUUUUUCUGACACGAACAAUGUUUCAUAGCUCGGUCGAAUCGGUGAAAAACAUUAUGUAUGUGAACUACACAAUUUAUUUACGUGGAUAGAUACUAUCGAUAUAAUAGAAUGAAUUCGAAAGAAAAUUUGUAAACACACACGUGGUAGUAUCUUGAGAGGAUUUCUGAGAAACGAGUGUGUUUACAUAAAGUUAUACAAACAAGGUCGAGAUGACUUCAAGACAGUCGUUAGCCAGCAGCCGUAUGGAACAGUCACGUUUUUCGUUUCGUUUUGUGUAGUUACGUGUUUCUCUUAUAGACGUAAAAUCUUUGCAUAUUAUUAUAUUAGGGAUAUUUUAGUCGAUCAUUUAUUUAAGAUUAAUUAUUCGAAUAUUGUUAAAGGAUAUAUUAUUAUAAUUUACGAUAAUUAAUUAAGGAUAUAUCGUUAUCAUUUUCCGUGUAUAUAAAAGAUAUUCGUACAUACGUGUGUACGUAAUAUACUUCGUUUCACUCGUUACUUUAACGAAAAUGAGAAUUAUUAGUGGAGAGAUAGUAAAUUAAUAUUUUUCAUAACUUUUCGUAAUUUGGACAAAAUUCAUUGUCUCUCGCAAGAAGCAGUGCGUGAAGAUUUUGAAAUGGUGGAAGAACGAAAGAUUAUUGAAAAUGAUUCGUCGACCAAGAAAGAAGAAAAAGAAAAAGAAAAGAGAAGAGAAGAGAAGAGAAAAGAAGAUGGUUAAAUUCGAACGAUAAAACAUGGACCCGAUUUUGUUUAGCUUUCGCGUGAAAUUCUAUCCACCCGAUCCUCUGCGGCUGAAAGAAGAGAUUACGAAGUAUCAGGUUUACCAGCAACUGAAGAGGGACCUUCUCCAUGGUCGAUUGUACUGCAGUCCUGGUGAAGCUGCAUUAUUAGCAGCAUGUAUAGUUCAAAGUGAAUUAGGAGAUUACGAUCCGGAGAUGCACGAAGGGAAUUACAUCUCUGAACACAAGUUGCUAUUGAAACAGACUGAAACGAUCGAAGAGAAGGCAAUGGAGCUUCAUCAAAGUGAACUGAAAGGAUUUACGCAGGAAGAAGCUGAGACACGUUUUCUCGGUUUGGCCUCGAAAUUAGACACUUAUGCCGUGGAUCCGCAUCCCGUCAAGGAUCACAGAGGUACACAAUUGUAUCUUGGUAUUAAUCAUUGUGGUAUCCUGACGUUUCAAGGAUCGCGGAAAACGCAUCAUUUCCGUUGGUCGGAGGUCCAGAAGAUUAACUACGAAGGGAAAAUGUUUAUUGUGCAUCUGACGAUAAACGAGGACGUGAGGACAAAGGUGAGUCGUUUCUUGGCAGUUGCACGUGCUAUUUGUGUCCAAAAAAAGCACACAGUUGGAUUUAAGUGUCCUACGGGUUCAAAUUGUCGUCACGUAUGGAGAUGCGCCAUCGAGCAAAUGCUGUUUUUCACUUUGCCGAAAGCAUCGGAUGCACCUGUCGUCAGUGGUGGAUCUAUAUUCUCUUGGGGCACUAAAUUCAAAUAUACAGGACGAACGGAGAGAGAAGUCCUGGAAGAAACGGGUCCACUUAGAAAGGAGGAACCACCUAUUCAACGUUGUCAGACAACGUGUCUUAGAAGAAAAGCAAGCAGUGUACCGGCCACCCCUAGCACCCCUAGUCAGGACCUUGUUGAAAUACGAUACUCCAGUCUGCCACGUAGCUGUCACAGUGCAGGCUUGGAUGGUACCGGAAUGUCCGAGGGUGGUACCGGAGUUCCUCUUAGUUCACCCUAUUGUCCUGACAAUACCUUACCUCUCCUGGAGACCGUAUCGGAGGACCAAGAGAUUCAUGCGAGGAGAAACAAUGCCAUAGACGAAAAAAAUACGCAUGUGAGUGCCACCCACAACAACACCACCACCACUACUACCACCACCACCACCAUUACUUCUACUACUUCUACUACUUCUACUACUUCUACUACUACUACUACUACUACUAGUACUACUACUACUACUACUACUACCUCCGCUACUACCACAAACCACGCGAAAGUUAAACUGAAAUUUCCCAAGAGCACGCUGAACCGACCGCAAACGUUGUACAGUCAGAGAAUAGUGAUAGGCUCGGAAGAGCUAGUUGGCCGUGAUAUCGAUAACGUUGUCAGGCAACGUAUAAACGCCCUUGAAAAGAGUCCCAAGGUCGUCAGAUCUACUGCAUUGAUAAUCAAGACCUCGAAGGUACCAGCUGUUAAGCCAUCGUUGGCUUCGGUAUCCUUCUCCUCUUCCUCCUCAUUGUUAUCGCCGACAUCAACUACUAGCAUCACCCCUAUUAUUGCUGCUACUACUACUAUUACUACUCCGAUAACGACAAGGACAACAACAACAGCAACAACAACGUCAUUGACGUUGAAGAAGCAUGUCUCGAACGGGAGUGUUUCAACGACAAAAACAAAGAGAAACGUCGACGUUCCCGAUGGAACGGCAAUCAACUCGAUUCGUGACGAUUUUUGCCAGGUAAGAAAGGUCCAAAGUCAAUACGACUGCAACACCGAGACGACAAUUCGAGAUUCGAAAAAGAUUACGAAGACGGCGACAACAUCGAUCUCAAAUUUCAACUCGAAAGGUUCGACGACAACUACGAACGGUUGCGUUUACUACGAUCAUCGCCAAUCGUCUCAGGAUGACGAUCGAAACGGGAUCGAUUCUAUUUUGAAAUCAGUCGGUCAGCACGAGGGCGAGGCGAAUGAUUAUUACUUCAGAGAUUCUUUCGAUCAUUCGUCAUCGGAGAGUCAGCUGUUGGACGCAUCCGGUAAACCUCAUAGUCGGUCGGUAACACCAGUACCAAAAAUGCAAAAGCUUCAAAAUUCGAAGCUUUGUUUACAACAAAAGCAUCAACAUCAACAUCAACACCAGCAACAACAACAACAUCAUCAACAACAAUUACAACAACAACAGUCGCAUCUGGCUCGUAGAUUCCAGGGAAAGCUAAGGCAUAGGAGUCUGCGAAUUCUUCGACGCUUCGUUCCGGCCUUCAUGCUUGCCCUAACAGUGUUUUUCAUCAGUCUCGUAUUAAUCUUCGAAACGGAUGCUACUAUAUUCAACAGCCUGCGUAAGACGCCAGAAAUGGUGGCCUUAAGGAACCAAUACUAUGUCCCCCUAAAGGAGUUCCUCAGGACCAAGUUCGGCCUAUUUUGAUGCGACCCAAUGAUGAUGACCAGUUCAAGGUUGUCUAUUUUCGUCGCCGCGUAGCUUCUCUUCAGUGCCAAGUCGAAGAUUCCGAGUGACCGAGCUCCGUGCUUGUGUCGGGACGAUCACGAUGAUAACGAUGAUAAUGAAUGACGAUGAUGACGAUCAUGACGACGAUAAUAAUGAUGAUAAUGAUCAGAAGAAUAGUUUGCAUGACGAUGAUGAUUGUGAUGACGUUGGAGGAGGAACGUGUCGUUUCUUUCUCUCUCUCUUUUUUUCUCUCUUUCCCUCUCUCUCUCUCUCUCUCUCUCUCUCUCUCUCUCUCUCUCUCUCUCUCUCUCUCUCUCUCUCUCUCUCUCUCUCUCUUUCUGUUUCUUUUAUGUAUACACAUAUAUUUAUUCAUCUUUUAUUUUAAAAUUGUUAUUUUGUUAUUGAUAAAAUCAAAACAAUCGAGAAGACCGAUCUCUUCUAUAUCUUUUUAAUCAUACACUACAUUUAUACAAUGUACUUAAGAUAAACGAAAGUGUAAACGAAGUUGCCUGUACCUUUGAGAAACGAGUUACAUUUUUAUGAAAAAAAAAAAAGAAAAGAAGAGAAAAGAAAAAAGAAUAAUAAUAAUAAUAAUAAUAAUGAUAAUGAUAAUGAUAAUAAUAAUAAUGAUAAUGAUAAUGAUAAUUAAAAAGAGAACGAGAAACUCGGUUGUGAUGCUUGUUAAUUAUCGAUUAAAAUAAAUGAAUAUAUAUAUAUAUAUAUAUAUAUAUAUAUAUAUAUAUGUGUGUGUAUAUAUGUAUAUAUAUAUGUUAUCAAUUUCUUCGAAGUGUCGAUGACAAUCUCAUCAAAACGAUCUCUUUGUAAACCACAUUCGAAACGUAUAGUUUUGGGAAGAAAAAGAAAAUGAACAUUGAUAAAUUCAAAUAAAUCAUCAUUUUCGAUGUUCGCCUAAUACAAGAGUAGGCAAAUGGUGGCUCGAGAAGGGUCACGUGUAGUUUCUUUUUCUAAUAGUUUGAAGAGAUAAUUAGUGAGCAGCACGCAUGGUAUUGCACUAUUUGUUUCUGUUUAUUCAUUACUGGACAAUCGGUUGAAGUGAUAAAUAAUUAAAUAUUGUGCAUUGUUAAGGAGAACGUCUCUGAAAGGGAUAUACAGGUCUAAUUAGUCGAAACAACUAACUGUUGUUGCAUAUUUAUUUAAAUUAACUGUACGUGUCGAACAUUUUUUUUUUAUUGACAGAAAACAUCUACACAAGAAGAGUUUGUAGUAAAAAUUCAAGUGUUCUUUUUUGCCUCUUUUAUUUAUGAUUUUCCUACGAAAUCGUCACUAAUUGUAAGAUCCUACUUUGUGAAUUUGGAGAACGUUAAAGUUCGGGAUAAAUGGAACGAUCGAAAAUCUUUUGAUCCUGUGCCGUCCUAGGAACAUUCUCCUUAACAAUGCACAACGAUGAUAGAACGGAUUGAUUGAUGGCGAGAAACGUGUUGCUCGCGAUAAAGAAGUUGUUGAUCCCUAUCCUAUGUCAUAAUCAGAUAUUACACAUCUAAGAAAAUCGUAUAUCGACCGACAUCAUUCAACAAUAAACAAACAAAAAAUAUUUUAUGGUCGCAUUCAAAUUGACAUUGUUGCAUCGCAGACGUCGUCGAUUUCGAUGCGAUCAUGGAAUAUAUUUUGUUUCGUUUAUUGUCGUAAAAUUUUUUGUCGAUCAAUUGAACCAAAAUUUUAUAAAUUGGUCAAGAAUAAAUUCAUUUUUCGACGAGUCGAAACAAUUGUAAGUGAUAAUACUUUUGGAAACUUAUAAGAAGUAGAAAAUCCAUUGAAUUCAUGAAUGGCACGAUCUAAGCGAGUUCGAUCCGAUUUCGCUUAUCGUUCUUUUCUUUGUAUUUGUUUAGAACACAGACCACGUACUCACAAAUACGUACCUCGUAUAUUUCUCCCAUUCGAAAUUUUUUCGUUUUCUUGGUACAUAUACGUAUAUAUAUAUAUAACACAUACAACACAUACAAUAUCAUACUCACGAAAUUUGACAUGUGUAUCUCUUUAAUACAUAGACAUGAAGAUACGUAACACAUCACUACCAUUCGAAAUUUCCUUCGGGUUCUUGAUAUAUAUAGUUUACAUAUACGUACAUACACCUACACAUAUAAUUACACAUACGAAUAGAGUUUUCUCUCGUCGAAAUUUUCUUCACGUCUUCUUUAAUACAUACAUAUAUACGUACGCAUACUUACGACACUGGAAAUUUUCUUGAUGUUUCCUUAAAAGUAGCACGCGUAAACAUAUGCACAUACACGUACACACAGACGCAAUAUCUCUUCCAUUUGAAAUUUUCUUCGUGUCUCUUUAAACAGCUACACGAAUAUAGAACACGUGCAUACAUCGUAUCUCUAUGAUUCGAAAUUCGAGCAGAAUGUAACUCGAUUCUCUCUUUAUCUCUCUCUUUAUCUUUCUCUCUUUCUCUUUUUCUCUGUCUCUUUCAUUCUCUCUCUUUUUCUCUCAAAUCGAGGACGAAAGCAUUGCUUAUAUGAAAUUUAAUCCUUUAACAUGGCACACGUGAUAAUACUCUAUUUUUCUUAUAUUCGAAGCAAACGAGUGGUAAAGUAUACAUGAAGAACAAAGAAAACAACAAAAUAGUAGUAUUAGGAAAGAAUAAAAUAACAACAACACAACAACAACAAUAUAUUUACACAGUUUAUAUAUAAUAUUUUAUAAGAUUUCUUUGUGUGAUAUUCUUUCUCAAAAAAUAAAAAGAUAAGAAAAAUUUUUGUCGAUUGAGUAAUAGGAAGAGGAAAAGAACUAGAACAGAAUAAUAAGAAAAAAAGAACAAUACAAUCAUAAAAAUAUAAGAUUUCUAUAUCGUAUGUUUCUUCUAAACUAAUCAACGAAAAGAUAUAUCUCGUUCGCAUGUUUCGAUUUUGGAUUAUUGGAUGAUUUACAGAAUCUAGAAUAUUGAAAACGACAUAUGUAUGUGAGACACAGGAAGAGAGAGAAAGAAAGAGAGAAAGCGAGAGAAUCAAAUUAGUUUAUUUUGUAUUUAUUAUAUAUAAAUAUGUUUUUAAGGAAAUAAAACAAUGUCAAAUUUUUUAGCUUUAAAAAGAAAAGAAAUAGGGGAGAGACAUAUGUAAUAUAUUAUCGUUUAUAUAUAUAUAUAUAUAUAUAUAUAUAUAUAUAUAUAUAUUUACACACAUGCAUAUAUAUAUAUAUUUAUUAUACAUAUAUUUAAAUAUAGAAAUUAUUGAGUGGAAAGCGAUACAUAAUAUUAAUUAAUUAAUUAAUCAAUUAAUUAUUUCAUUAUUAUUAUUAUUAUUAAUGUUAUUAUUAUUAUUACGAUAUACAUAUAUGGUUAUUAUGAUUAUGAUUAUAUAUAUAGGGAUAUUAGGUAAUUUCGAAAAGUCAACGAAAAGCAAUUAUCAUAUUUGAUAGUUUAAUUAGGGCGUACACAGAUAAGCGUUUUUAUCGUUUUCCAAAUAUAAAGAGUGUGUUUGGUACAUUCGUACGCGUGCAUUUGAAAUGAUGAUUAAGAGGAAAGCAGAAGAGAAAAAGGAGAAGGAUAAAGCUUGUUUUUAAAAAUCUUUUAUUCUUUUUAUUCUUCUUUUUUCUUUUUGACUUUUUAUAACAAUUUCUCUCAUAUAGGUAUAUAUUUUCCUACCUUUAUCAUUGUUAUGCGCUUUCACAAAAACGAAGACUUUUAUAUUUCACAGUAACGAAUAUAUCAUUUUUUUUUUAUGAUUCGUUGACAAUGAUUGAGAAGCUUUUAUGUGAACAGCUAAAACACGAUUUAUCAAAGUUAUUUUCACAAAGACAGAGAAAGAAAGAGAGAAAAAGAGAGGGAAAAGAAAAAAAAUAAAACAAAAAAAAAUGAAAUCUCUUAAAGUACCUUCAUAUACAUAUUUUAUAUAUAUAUAUAUGUAUAUAUAUUAUGCAUACAUAUAUAUGUAUAUGUAUGUAUGAUAUGAUACUAUUUAUUUAUCUUUAUUUUUACUUUUUUAAAUAGGAAGGAAAUAUGUAUAUAUGCAUAUAUAUAUAUAUAUAUAUAUAUAUAUAUAUAUAUAUAUAUUUCCUAUUUAAUUGCAUAACCCUUAUCCUACGAUGUGUUCACAAAAUAAUCUAAAAACGUGAUGGAUCUUAUUGCUAAAUUGUUCAACGAUUAUGAUAGAAGUUAUCAUUAGAGUGUUCGUCAAUUUUAUAAAAAUUUCGCGUCGUUUUUUUAUACAAAUUAAAAUUUACUAUUAUUAAUAAUUUUGCUUUGUGAGAAUUCACCAAAAGAAACGAGGAAGUAUUUAUAAUAUAAGGAAAAAAAAUUGUGAAACGAAAGUCUUCGGGAUGCAUCUUCGUUUUCUCCAUUCUUCCCUCUUCUCCCUUGCCCUUCUCCUUCCCUUUACUGUCAGACCAACAAAUCACAUACCACCACACAGUCUACCAUUUUGUCACUUUGUCGUCUUCUCCGAUGGUCUUGUAUAAAGAUUAGGUUUGUUCCACAAAAUACAUAAUUACAUAUAUAUGUAUUGUUACAAACUAAUAAGGCGAAGCCGAUGAAAGAAGAGCCGUUUGUUUUUUUUUAUCGUUAAACAUACAUAUAUUUACACACACACACACACACACACACACGCACGUACCCAUAAAUUACAAGAAAAGGAACGCGAGAGUAAAAAAUAAUUAAAAAAGUAAAAAAAAGUAAACCAAUAAAAAAGAAACUACAAUCAAACCUUCAAACAAUUCUAUUACUCUAAUUGCUAUUAAAUAUCGUCACCCAUUUUUUUUCCUGAAAGUGCCUAAGCUGAAAUUAAAAAUCUUUAAACAAACGAACGACUAAUGUUAGAAAGAUGAAAGAAAAAAAAAAGAAAAAUAGCAAAGAGAUAAAAUCGUCGCCAUUUUACAAAGAAAAAUGAAAAAACGAAAGACUAUGGACAGUAGGGAGAAAAGAUUAUUAAUUUAUUUAUUAAUAAUUAAUAUCAUUAUUAUUACAACGUUCUCUCGGGUUGCGUUAGUAAAUGAAUAAAUGAACAAACAAACAAACAAAUAAAUAAAAUAAAAUAAAAAGCGACGUUCUUCUGACAUAAAAAACGAUAGAGCAUACGUUGAAAAGUGUAAUGUCAUCGAGCACGAACGGUUCUAAACAUUUUAGAAUGGUAUCCGUGCUGCAUGUGUAUACACACAUACUUACAAUCUAUCGUGAUCAUAAAUCGAGCGGCAAAUGAAUAAAGAAAUUCGAGGAGAUUAAUCUAAAAAACGAAACAAAAAACAAAAAAAUAUUAAGAAAAAAACAAAAAGAAAAAAUAAAUAGGAAGAGGAGGAGAAAAAAGAACGAAGUAAAAUAAGUGCGGGCUCGACACAGCGACCUUCGCUCGAUCCGAAGGAUGCUGCGGACGACAAACUGCAAAUUGUAAAAAUAAAAUAAUAAGAACGUAUGUCAAUUGCAAUAUAAUAUAACUUUAGAUAUAUACAUAUAUAUAUAUAUAUAUAUAUAUAUAUAUAUAUAUAUAUAUAUAUAUAUAAAAGGGAUAGAGAGAGAGAGAUGUGUAUAUGAAUUAGAAAAGAAGAAAACAAAACUUGAAAGGUAUUUUUAAUUCAAUGGAGAAUUAAAAAUGAAUGAUAAAAGGAGGGGAGGAUUUUUAUAGACCAGAGCGAACGAUACAAUAUUUUCGACAGUAAAAAAAAAAAAAAUAAGAAAAGUAGGAUUGCAAACAUUAGCAAUUUUCUUCAUUUUUCCUUUUUGUUUUUUUUUUUUUGCUUUUUUUGUAUGUAUGUACAUGGUUAAUCGUCAGCAUAUUGUCAAGAAAUGUUACAAAUUAUUGUUAACAAUCCUUGUUUUCCGAUGGAGAAUUAAAUUCUUUUCGAUAAAAAGAAAAAAGGGAAAAAAGAAAAUGACUAUUGCAGAUAUUAGUAGCAUCUUUUUCUUUCUUCUCUGCUUUCUUUUUUUUAAUUCAAACAUAUACUUAAUUAUAUCCAGAUUGUCUACUAUUAUAAACUCAUCUUAAAAUAAAAAGACGAAAGAUUUGGUUUCUAAUUUAUCGACGGUCGAAAUAUUGUUCGAGAUUACCGAAAGAGAGAGAAAGAGAAUAAAAAUUGAAUCAUAAUGGAGCGGAUAGAUGGCGAUAGCUUCGAAAUAAACAAGAAAUAAAAAUUGAAUGAAAUGAAUAAAAAAAAAAGAAAGAAACUGAGUGAAGGGUGACUGACGACAUGCGCGCGUGUGUAUAUGUGUGUUUGAUGAACGUUUAGAAUAGUGAAGAAAAAGAGUGAAUUAAGAAAAAAAAAAAAAAAGAGAAGAAACGAAAGGAAAAUGAAAGAGAAUGUUUUAAAAUAAAAUUAAGAUAACAUAAGAAGCUUUGAGAUUAUAACGAAAGAUAAAAAAAUACUUUCGAUUGAUUUUUGCUUUUACAUAUACAUACAUAGCACGCGAUCCAUCGCUUUUCUAGCUUACAUAUCACGAUUGUACCAAGUAGAUGCGCGUAUGUGCAUAGCUAAUGUUAUUCAUCUAUAAUUAUUUUUCUUUUAUCUUUUUUUUUUUCUUUUUUCUUUCCCAUCGUCAUUUUUAACACGUUAAUCGUCAGUUUAAUAAUAAAAUAAGGAAUAAACAAAUUAUUGCGUUAAAUAAUGAGUCGAAACAAUUCGUAACAAUAAAUUAUUACGAUCAAUUGUUUUAAAGAUUUAUGAAUAGUUCUCUCUUUUUUUUUUUUAAGAAAUAAUAGACAUACACACGUUGUAAAAUCGUACUUGAAUCUUUCGAUCUAAAUCCUAAGGUAUUCGUUGUUGAAAUAAUCGUCUAUCUAAUCGUAUAAUUUUAACGAAUCAAUCAAAGACAAAUUUCUUCGCGAUUAACACAGUUAAUAGAUCAUCUCCUCUUUCUUUUUCGGCUCAUGUGAUCUAGCAUCCUAUCAUUCCUUACUUCUUGUCUUGCGUACAUGCUUUAUAUAUGUAUACAUAUGUCUACAACUAGACGUGAAUAUAAAGAAAAAAAUUGAAGAGAAAUGUUAAAUAGGUAUUAAAAGAGAUAAACUCCGAACAAUCAUUAAUGUUUUGAUUGUCGAAUUAUAAUAAAAAAAAAAAAAAAUGUAUAGGAUUUUUUUUACAAGAUUAAAAAUUUUUUUUCAAGGAAAACAAUUAUUUCAGAUUGCUUUUUAAGACGAAAAAUGAUACAGGAUUUUUGUUCAAAGAAAAAAAAAAAUAAAUAAUCGAGAUUAAAUCGAAAAGGAAAAAGGAAGUAGAAAGAAAAAAUGAAGAAAAAGGAACAAUAAAAGAAACGACGAUAAACUUUUCUUUGCAAUAUUUUAAUGAUUUUUCCAAACGAAAAGUUUAACAAAAAAAUCGAUCAAUCAAUUCAAAUCAUUGUGAUCUGUGUAAAAAGAAAGAUGUGAAAAGAGAGAGAGGGAGAGAGAAUGGGGGGAUAGGGAGAGAGAGAGAGAAAGAGAGAGAGAGAGAGAGAGAGAGAGAGAAUAGGAAAAGGAUACGACGAAGUUUGGAAAGAAAGGAAGAGAAAUAUGAACUAAAUACGAUAGUUCUUAAUCUUACUACGUCCUUCUCUUCAUCUCUCGUGUGCAAACAUAUUUUAUUUUUUCAUUCAUUUUGUUUUUCUUCUUCAUUAUUAUCUGUUACUUUUAAAACACUUGCAAACUAUCUCAUAAAAAAACAAAGAAAAAAGAGACAUAAUCUCAUUAUUUUUCAUAAAUAACUCUUUUAAACGUUUCGAUGCAACAACAAAAACAACUAAUACUGGUUAUUUUAAUGAAUUAUUUUUCUUUUUCUUUUUUUACUUAAAAAAAAGAAAGAAAGAAAAAGAAACAAGAUUUUUAUACUUUAUUGAUAUAUUUAUUCGUUUCAUAAAGUCUGUUUUUUGUUUUGUUUAAUAUGUACUUUUAAACGUCGUCAAGAUGCUGACAAAAAGAGUAGAGAAAAAAGGAGAAAAGAAAAAGAAAUAAAAAAGUCUGAUUAUCGAUCGCUUUAUUAAUUACGACCAUAAGCAAAGAUAAAAUGAAAGGGCGGAAUUUCCCCUGAGAUAAAAUUUUUACGAGACGGCCGUUCACAAUUAUUGUUAGACAAAUGCGCGAGAUUAUGUUUUGAAUAAACACGUGUAAUGUAAGUAACUAUUAUGAGAAGAUAGAGAGACGCUGUGCGAUCCAUUGUAAUGUAAGAUCAUAUUGACAUAAAAUAAAUGAGGAAAGUAAAUCUUUUUCAUUUACAAGGA